ACGAGAGUAACUCGUCCAAUCACGAGGCUAAACGGCAGCAGAAGAUGGCGGCGCGCCGGUUGCGUAACUUCUGUGUUUCUAGGAGCUCACGCAGCGGGUAGCUUGACUCGGCGUUUAUACCCGCCCUCUCCAAACAGGUGGUCUGGCAGGAACUUCUGCCUUCGAGGAUGGCUCUGAAUAAAUCUAUGCAUGCAAGAAAUAGAUACAAGGACAAACCUCCUGACUUUGGUUAUCUGGCAUCCAAAUAUCCAGAUUUUAAGCAACAUGUUCAGAUAAAUCUGAAUGGAAGAGUGAGUCUUAAUUUUAAAGACCCUGAGGCAGUCAGAGCACUGACUUGUACUCUUCUAAGGGAAGAUUUUGGACUUUCUAUUGAUAUCCCGUUGGAGAGGCUAAUUCCCACAGUUCCCUUGAGACUCAACUAUAUUCAUUGGGUAGAAGAUCUGAUUGGUCAUCAGGACUCUCACAAAAGUACUCUCCGAAGAGGAAUUGACAUAGGUACUGGGGCAUCCUGCAUCUAUCCUUUACUUGGAGCAACCUUAAAUGGCUGGUAUUUCCUUGCGACAGAAGUGGAUGAUAUGUGCUUCAACUAUGCAAAGAAAAAUGUGGAACAGAAUAACUUAUCUGAUCUCAUAAAAGUGGUAAAAGUACCACAGAAGACACUCCUGAUGGAUGCUCUUAAAGAGGAAUCUGAGAUAAUCUAUGACUUUUGCAUGUGCAAUCCUCCUUUUUUUGCCAAUCAGUUGGAAGCCAAGGGAGUAAACUCUCGAAAUCCUCGAAGACCUCCACCUAGUUCUGUAAACACAGGAGGUAUCACAGAGAUCAUGGCAGAAGGAGGUGAAUUAGAGUUUGUCAAAAGAAUCAUCCAUGACAGUUUACAACUUAAAAAAAGAUUAAGGUGGUAUAGUUGUAUGCUGGGAAAGAAAUGUAGUCUGGCUCCUCUGAAGAAAGAGCUUCGCAUUCAAGGGGUUCCUAAAGUCACCUACACUGAAUUCUGUCAAGGUCGGACAAUGAGAUGGGCUUUGGCAUGGAGUUUUUAUGAUGAUGUGACAGUACCAUCACCACCAAGUAAGCGAAGAAAAUUGGAGAUGCCAAGAAAACCCAUUACAUUUGUAGUGUUGGAGUCUGUGAUAAAAGAAUUAUCCCUCAAAGCAUCAAGUUUGGGUUCCGAGGCAGUAGAGGGCAUAGUAGUUAUAACAACAUGGAUUGAAAAAAUUCUCACUGAUCUGAAGGUCCAGCAUAAACGAGUUCCCUGUGGAAAGGAGGAAGUUAGCCUUUUUCUAACAGCCAUAGAAAAUUCCUGGAUUCAUUUAAGGAGAAAGAAAAGAGAACGAGUGAGACAAUUGCGAGAAGUUCCCCGAGCUCCUGAGGAUGUCAUCCAAGCCUUGGAAGAGAAGAAGUCCAUCCCCAAAGAGUCUGGCAGUAGCCGAGAUUUGGCCAAGGGUCCCCGUGAGAGUGCCCUGUGUAGGCCUGCUGAACUGGAAGGCACGUCUGCCACUAUUGAGGGCCAUUGCCCAAACCAGGAUUCAUUUUGCCAAGAAGAAAACCCAGAGCCCAUGGAGGAUGAAAGGAGUGAAGAAAAAGGAGGGUUGGAGUUUUUGGAAAGUUGUAAAGGCUCUAGCAAUGGAGCCCAGGACCGAGAGGCUUCCGAGCAGUUCAGUAACCCAGUGGCUGAAAAAGGGAAACAGUUCCAAGGAAUGGCUGGACAUUAUCUGUUUAAGUGUUUGAUAAAUGUUAAGAAGGAGGUAGAUGAUGCAUUAGUUGAAAUGCAUUGGGUUGAGGGUCAGAACAGGGAUUUGAUGAACCAGCUUUGUACCUAUAUACGUAACCAGAUUUUCAGACUUGUUGCCAGUUAACUACAGACUUCUUGCACAGUUGGGAAAAGUAUCUAUAAAAGGAACUUGCUUAGGAGUCGCUGGUGGGGUUGCAGGAGGUCUUCUACCAUUGGCUCAUUAAUAGCUUUAUGUGGAAUUAUCUUUGAAAAUAGAAACAAAUUAAUCCAUUUUUAAAUCCAGCCCCCUCCCCUUUUUUAUUUUUAAGUGACUGGUAGUUAUAGGAGUUCAGGGAAAGAAUUGUGGUUAUCAGCAACAACAAAAAGCUAUCAGUAGACUCAUGAGGGAUUUAAAUCUGACCUAAGCUGGUCACGGCAGCCUUGGGUUGGUUCUCUGAUGCCAGAGGAAUCUGGUCUGGGUUGGGCCUACACAAAGCGUCAUGUUCUCUCUGUUGGCCAAGCUUGCUUCUUGAGGAAGGGUGACUCUUGCUCUGAAUGGAGGCAGUCCACCAGAGCAGGCAGGCCUGGUGCUGUCUUCUGUAGUUACCUUCACGACUGAGUCUGCUCACCCUGGGUAUACAGUUUUACCCCUGCUUCAUGCCUGAGAAAGAAAUUGACCCAAUGGUGGGUGAUGGGAGAGUCAGGGAGAGAAACCUCAGUAAUGAGGGAAGAAAGUCCUGUGUGAGAGCACUUGUGAAAGGUCACACCCAUGAUUCCUGUUUUCCUGUUGCUUACUACAAAAGCAGAAGCAGUUCGGCCAGGCUCCCAGUCGUGACUGAGAUCCAAGAGAAUACGACCAUCCUCCUACCUCCAACCUGUUGAAAGUACCAUUUGUAGCAGUUUUGCCUUUUUACUGCUGUAUGAUUUUUGUUUCGACAUUUGACAUAUUAAUUUUAAUAUAAGACUAUUUAAAAUUGAAAACUGUCUUAUUUGAAUCCUGGGGCUGGGGGAAAUAUUUUCUGGAUUUUGGGUAGGUAAAUGGUUGAUGAUAGAAAAAAGAAGUGGAGCAAGAUAGUUUGUACAGUCAGCUUAAGAAAGUUUCAUCUUUUGGCAGAUAAGAUGUUGCUGCAAAUACUGAUUUUUGUGAUUUCACUUGUAAUCCCCUAUGCCUACCUGCUAGCAUUAGAGAAUUCUAAGGUCAGAGUAAUCAUGUUCUUAAAACAUAUUUCUAACUGGAAUACCAGGAUGCAGCAGAAAUGCCUCUGUAAAAGGAAUCUCCUUUUUUGUUCUCUUGGUGACUCGAUUACCCUCUGCUCUGUUUAACUUUCUCAGCUUGUGUUUGCACCAGCAGCCUAGAGUUCUGUUUAGACUAAAAUCUUUGAGUAUGGUACCACCUUCUUGCCAUCUGCAAAGAAGAUUGUGGAGUGGCACAGUUAAGCCACCCUUUUGACGUUGGUUAGGGCACAAAGCUGAUGACCUUGACACAUCUUGGCAGCAGUGAGGUCAAACCCUCAGCAAAGAUACAGGAGAUACUGACCAUGUUAUGCUUCCCUGCGGCGGUGGAAGCAGAGCUGAGGAAGGGAACACACUCAUCGGUGUUCUUGACCUGGUCCAGGGAUCUCUUGAGAAUCCAUAAACCUCCUGGGAUUAUUUCCAAAAGCUCUGUGAGCAUAUGUGUUUUUUUCCUGGAGAGUGGGUCCGUGUUUUAAUAGAGGGCUCAGUAACCCACUGACGAUUAAGAACCACUAUUCCAGUCCAGCCCCUCUUUUGACAGUAUGAGAUCAAUGCCAGGAUCACACUGAGCCAAGAUUCAACCCAGAGCCUUGGAUUCCUCCAGGCCAGUAGUUUUCUGCUGUUUCUGCUCAUACGAUAGCACUGUACUUACCUUGGAGGAUAUCAUAUUUGAAUAAUAUGCUGAACCCCAAACCUAGUUUUCUUGAUACAGUUGUAGGAUAAUUCAGUGGCAGCAAUUCAUUCUAUAAGUUGACAGUUAGUAUCACAUGCUCAUUAAAGAAGAUUAGAGAAAAAGAAAAAUAGAAAACAAAACAAAAAUCAUCUCUACUGUCAACAUUCUCUGACCCAACCAAUAUUAGUCUUUUAGUGUGUUUCCUUUCCGGUAUUUCCAAAGAUGGGGUUGUAUGAGUGCAUGGCUUUAACUUUGGUUGUAAUUAUGCUGUAUAUUCAGUUUUAGAUUAUGCUUUUUCAUUUACCAGCUAAGUAUUUUUUCCAUGUUAUAAUAGGCAGUGUAUUUAUAUACACUCCUUGCCUUGUUCAAAAUGGAUUUCAGGCAGUUUUGGCCUUAAGUCUAAGUUCUUAGGGAUUCACAGAGAAUAUUCAUAACUGGGGACACAAAGUGUGUCUGUGCCUCUGUGUUUCAGUGGCCCACGUUUAAGACUUGGUGUCACAGAAGAGGUUUUAUAGAUAAGCGAAUGCUCUUAGAAUUAAAAAAAUAUGUGACAGGAGCUUCUGCAGUACUGGAAGAUUAGAGCUUUGAGUGCCUUCUUUGCAUUUGCAUGUCUCCAUUUCCUUCUCUGAGAAGCGUAGUGUAUUCUAAUGAGAGAACAUUGGAAAAAAUUUUAAAGGUCUUUGAAAAAUUGUUGUGGUGAUUUAUAGACAAUAAUUGAGUGAUAGCAUACACCUCUGGUCCAGGGAAAGGAAUUGAUUCUUUAAAGAAAUAGUUAUUGACCCAUGUAUCAUAAUGUUAUAUGAUACUCUCCUUAAGUGUCUGAAGGUAAGUUUUUCUUGGUGGAUUGGCAGAAAAUUAAAUCUCAGUGGUAAUAUCUUAAAUUCUAUUCUGGUCCCUGGCUUCUGAUUUCUUGAUAAUUAAGUGGGAACAGAAGUUGAACUUGUUUUCUGAGAAGGGACCAAAGCUGCUUUUGUUCCUGGGAAUCAUCUGUGUUUCCAGCAGUUUGGUUCCUUCACCCACAGCCUUGCCAGAGCAUUGCUGCCCGCCCUAGCAGUUUUAGCUCAUCCUGAGGAUUCUUGUUGAUUGCUUGAAACUUUAGUAUAUGUAUAUUAAAACAUAUUUCUGUUGAUGGAAACGAAAGCUUCCCAUGUGAGCACACCAACUUUUAAGCUCUGACAGUUAUAGUAAAACUGCAAGGUGUGAAAAAGACAAAGAAGCAUGUGGAAAAUAUGAGCCUCUUAAAGAAGGGAGUGAAUGAAUUCUUAACUAACUGCUGUAGCCGUCAUUUUACUUAAUCCGCAAGCAUUUUCCUCUGUGGCCACACGAGGGCAUAUUUGGCCCUUUGAUCAAGCGCCUAAGUUCAGUGUGGGAAAAGAUAAAAGUUGUGACUUGUAUUUUGUUGACAUAUCCCAUUGCUACCCAGAUAAGUAUUUUUAUGUAAAGAAGUGCUUUUUCACAUGCAGAAAAUUUGAAAAAUAAAAGUUGAAAGAAAAAAAUCACCACUUAGAGGUCUUUUUAUCUGGCAUAAUGCCUUUCCUCCUUUUAAUGUAGCUUUAUGAUCCUGGCUGACUAUAUUUUCUUUGCUUUCCAUCUGUCCUGCUACUCUAGUAUAUAGCCAGGUUGAGUCAGUCUUUUGGAUCAACUUUUUAUUGGUAUCUAGUUAAUGGGGAUACUGGAGGGGGGAAUGUUAGUGAUCUCAAAAGCCUUAUGUACCAGGAUCAGACUUUGUGGGUGGCUAGUCCAAAAGAUCUGCACAUUAGGAGGGGGAAUAUCUAGUUGGGAGCCCUUGAGGAGGAGGAAAUCAAAGGUGCAGCAGUCCUCCAGCCAUCUGGGGAUGCCCCUAGGAAAGGGACAUGAUCACAUCUUUUUGGGGGGAAGUUGGUGCUCGGGAGAUUUAUUUUGCUGAACGGGCAUGAAAUCCAGUAAAACUCAGAAGAGGCUUAGUAGAGCAAAUUGGCUUCUGCCUCCUGGAGUAGGGCAUUCAUGCUCUUGAACCUCUUGAGUAGUCCCAUAUCCAUAUUCCUUGGUGCCAGGGCCAGCACAGUUUUUGAGAGCCCUGCGUGGGGCUCCCCCCACUAGAAGCAGGGCUGUAUGCUCCCACAGCAGGGAGUCCCUGCCUCCUGUACAGACAUCCAGAUCCUCUGCUGUGACUCACCCAAAUGACUAAAACAGCAGUUUAUUUUUUUUAAUUGCUGGUUGGAACAACUAAUGCUGCCUUUUAGAACAGCUAAUGCUGCCAUUCUGAGGCUGUGCUUUUAAUCCUGGGGACUGUGUUGUGACUGAGGGAAGGCCUUGCACCUCCAAAUGCCCUUUGAGGUACAGCCUAUCCGCCUAUCUUGAUUCAAACAGAAACAUCAGGGACUCGAGGCGCUCUUCAGGGAAGCAGGGGAUCAUGGGUGCUUAUUAAGAGCCAGGGAAGUGUGGCCCAGAAGCAAAAUUGGCUUGUAUAUGAUGCUCUGAAGAGAACAAAAGAUGUAUAAGUCCAAGAUACUUUUCCACCUACCCCAGGGGAGCAAAAAACAGGAAAGAACACAGGCAUCAUGUUUAUCAGACCUGGGUUCACAGUCCAGUUCCACUUCUUACACAGGAAGUCAAUUUUGCUAAGCCUUGGUUUCCUCAUAUAGAAGAUGGGGAAUACUUGCUUCACAGAGUUGUAGCAGCAGUUAAUUUAGAGAAUUUAAAACACCUGGAACGAUGCAUAUACAAAGAGCAGGCUUUUCAGUUCACUCAUUUCUUCUUAUUCUUCUUUCAGCAUUUUAUUUCUGGCCAGAAAAUUUUCUACUAAUAGAUUCAAACACAAAGGCUGAGACCACAAUUGUAUAAUAGCAGGUAUAGAGGAGCUUUUGACCAAGAGUAAAACCUAAACCUCCAUGUUACAUAGGAGGAAGGGAAGCCACUACUGAUUAGCUAUCUUCUGGGUAAAUUGUCUCAUUUAAUGUACCUGUGAGGUGGUGCAGUGGCCUUUUGUGACAGCUUAGGGAAAUGGAAGCUCAGAAUGCUCAAGCGACUUGCUCUAGGGUCGUUCACAGAGCUGAGUCACAGAAAUGGGAUUUGAACUUGGAUCCAAGAAUCUGAGACUGGGAUCUUGAACCAGAUCUCAAGGUUCCAUAACAAGCGUUGCACUAGGAUGAAAGUAGACGCGACUAGUCUCAUUUGACCCACCUCUAGGGAAGGAAACUUCAGUUAUAGGAGUUUAUAGAAGAGAGAGAAACAUUCUUACUCAGCUUCAUAAUUUAAUAUUCUAAAAUAUUAUUUUCCAGCCUAAGAUCAAUAAGCAAGACUUAGUAAAGUGAAAGUGCCUAUAAUUAGUUCUUGCUUUAUGCUACCAAAUCUUUACAGAAUUUUGCAUUUGGCAGUAGUGUGGAUAAUUAAGUAGUUAAUGAAACCACAAAAUCAAAUGUCUAGUGAAAGCACGUGUUGGACCAGAAUCAAUGCAGAAUAACUGAUAAUUAGCUAAUGACUCUUCAAAAAUACAUAAUUGUAUAAUAAUGGAAGAGGUUUAAUUUUUUUUAAUAGGCAGCUCCAAGUAUUUCACUUCCAGAACAACACAAAACUGAUGUGCUUUUUGGGCUUGCUGGAGAAGGUAGCAAUUGUCAGAAAAAACAGCAAGUCCUCUUCCCCAAGUAGAAUGUAUGAACCUAGUAUAAAUCUGGGGGAGAGUGAAGGCUGCUUGCCAUCUGGUGGAGCCAUUCAGGGAGUGUGGCCCCCGAAUCUAGAAACAACCCAGAGCCAGGAAGUCCUCAGCUGGAGAGCUUGGCUGGUUCCAGCAGCCAGUCAGUCUCCAGGGAAAUGACAGCUUGUGCGGCUGCUGUCAAAAAAGAGAAGGCUGUUCAGAAAUCACUGCUGAGUUGGAAGCCCUCCUGGGACAGGGUGGGUGAGGUCAGGGGCUGGCUUCCAUAGGUUUGUGAUUUUAAGACUUUAUGUCUCUUCUGGUCUUGUCUGAUGUUGAGUCCUCAUCUUAGACAUGUUUGUUCCAAGGUUCUUGCCUUCAGGGCCAAAUGUGGGUAGAUUGUUGGAGCUUUAUGGACCACACUCUGAUCUACGCUCUGCAUGAGCACAGAUAAGGUCCUUUUCAUCCACAAGAGGAAGCUACUUAGCAACAUCUACACCAGGAGCCAGGCAAGUAUUGUUAGUAAGGUAAUGGGAAGAGCUCAUGCCCAGACUAAAAGGGAGUAGCUUUUAUUCAACUACUGUUGGUUAUUGCCAUGCAACAAGAGAUGCCCAGUGUUGGAUCUUCUGAUAUUUUGAGGGAAGCCAGAAAUCCAGAUUUUAUGAGAAGUUUACUAAAUUGUAAAUCAUAAUUCAAUAUUUCAUAUUAAAAAAAAAGUUUUUGCACUCGAUCAAGUAUCCUUUCUGCUACCAGGUGGUAGAACUCUAUUAUUUGCUGCUCUUGCUUUCCUAAUUCUCAAUUCACUUCCACUCUUGCAGUCUGGUUGUUGCCUGACGCCUUUUUUAGGGCUCUUCCCACCUCUUAAAGGGAGAAUUCCAAGGAUUGUAUCCAUGGGCCUCAUGCUUCCUUCUCCAUCUUCUGGGUGACCUCAUCCAUUCCCAAAACUUCAACUACUAUUCUCCAUACAUUCAUGAUGCCCAGAUCCCCUUUCCUGAAUUUCUAGCAUCCACAUACCUAACACCUUUCAGUCAUCUCCACUAGUACCAUGACUGUAUCAAACUCAACUACUGUCUACACCUGGUUCUCUUCUAAUGUUCUUGGUCACCAAACACCAGAUGUCCAGAUUUGGAACUUCUCUUCCUUGUCCUUCACCACCAGGUACUAAAACAAUUCCACCUUAGAAAUAUCUUCUAAAUCCAGCCCAACCUCUCCAUCCCUAGUGCCAGUGUCAUAAUGUGGUUCCUCAUUUCUCACCUGGACUAGAAGAAUAGCCCCAAUGAUUUCUAGGCACCUUCAGACUUAAGCAGCAGAAGCAGAUUCAAAUGUUCCUGAAGAAAAGGGGAUGAAGAAUUCUGCUUUGGGGGAGCGAAUCGGGAGCUUUUCAGAACAAAGGCUAGGAUGGGAAAUAGACCCAGAGAGACUGGUCAAAUUAGUUGAGAUCAAGAGAUACAAGAUCCUAAAUGGGUCCCUUCCUGGUAAAGUACAAGCUAAACUUUUCCCCCUUUAACUAUUUAAUUUUACUAAAGUUAAGAUUUUCAUUACAAAAAAUUUAAAGAAUAAUGAAUAAAGAUGAUAAUUCCACUACUCAAGCAAAUUUACAUUUUGUUGUCCAAACUAGUAUUUUUAUGUGCAUAUGUUUUUAAACGGCAGAUGUGGGAUCAUCUUGUGCAUUACUGUUUUUAUAAUCUUUUUCAUUUAACAAUAUAUUGUGAUAACUUUUUUCUAAUUAUAAAACUAACAUGUUUGAGAAUACUUGUGAAAAUAAAAGUUACCUAUGCUCACACUGCCCAAAGAGAACCACUGUUAAUAUUUUGAUGUAUUAAGAACCCUACUUUUCACAUGCUGUAUUGUGAGCAUUAUUUUACUAAAACGUUGCUACUCUUUGGAAAUUUGGGCUUUCUGGCUUUCACUAUUGUAAAUUAUGUUUCAGUGAAUAUCUGUGUAUAAAUAUCUGUGUAUAAAAAUCA